UCAAUGUCAAGCAGGAAAACAAGCCAAACGCACGUUGAUUGAUUAAUUCUAACAUAAAGUCAUCUUAAACACAUCUAAUUAUUAAUUAUCCUUAAAUAUUGCAUAGAAUUUGCAAUAAAAAAACAAGUUUCUACGAAGGGUAUACAAAAGUGCGUUAAAAUGGGUGAAAAAAGCGGCGCGGCAAGCGCAUUCGAAGAUCUUUCGAACGUGGAGUUCGAAACCAGCGAAGAUGUGGAAGUCUGCGACAAAUUCAAAAACAUGAACCUCCGCGAGGAGUUGAUGCGUGGCAUCUUUGCUUACGGUUUCGAACGUCCCUCGGCGAUCCAGCAGCGUGCCAUCCGGCCCAUCAUCAAAGGCCGCGAUGUCAUCGCCCAGGCUCAAUCCGGUACCGGCAAAACCGCAACAUUCUCAAUCUCAAUUCUACAAUCCGUAGAUUUAACAAUGCGCGAAACACAAGUUCUCUGCCUGUCACCCACCAGAGAACUGGCGGUACAGAUCCAAAAAGUAAUCCUCGCCCUUGGGGAUUUCAUGAAUGUCCAAUGUCACGCCUGCAUCGGUGGCACAAACCUUGGCGAAGAUAUUCGCAAACUUGACUAUGGCCAACACGUCGUCAGCGGUACACCCGGCAGAGUCUACGACAUGAUCCGACGACGCGCGUUGCGAACACGUUCCGUAAAGAUGCUAGUCCUCGAUGAAGCCGACGAGAUGCUGAACAAAGGCUUCAAGGAGCAGAUUUACGACGUGUAUCGUUUCCUUCCACCAGCGACACAAGUUGUCCUCAUCUCCGCUACAUUACCGCACGAAAUCUUGGAAAUCACGUCGAAAUUCAUGACGGAUCCAAUCCGCAUCCUCGUAAAACGUGAUGAACUUACCCUGGAAGGUAUUAAACAAUUCUUCGUCGCGGUGGAGCGAGAAGAGUGGAAAUUCGACACUCUGUGCGAUUUAUACGAUACCUUAACCAUCACACAAGCUGUGAUCUUCUGUAAUACCAAGAGGAAGGUGGACUGGUUGACGGAGAAGAUGCGCGAAGCGAACUUUACAGUCAGUUCAAUGCACGGUGACAUGCCGCAGAAAGAGCGCGAUGUCAUCAUGAAAGAAUUCCGUUCUGGUCAAAGCCGAGUUCUGAUCACCACUGAUGUCUGGGCGCGUGGUAUUGACGUGCAGCAAGUGAGUCUGGUCAUCAACUACGACCUGCCCAACAAUCGUGAGCUGUACAUUCAUCGCAUUGGUAGAUCCGGUCGGUUUGGCCGCAAGGGUGUCGCGAUUAACUUCGUCAAAUCGGACGAUAUCAGGAUUCUACGCGAUAUUGAACAAUAUUACUCGACGCAGAUUGACGAGAUGCCAAUGAACGUCGCCGACCUGAUUUAAAUUAAUAUGACGCAGCGUAAUGUUAAGUGUAAUUAAUAUUUUCUUAAGAGUGAACAUCUUUUUUUAACCUUCCUCAAUUUAUAAAAUUAUUUUAUGAUGAUGCGAGAAA